CCCGGCCGUGGCGCCGCCUUGGCCGCCCCCGCCGGAUCCGACCUCGCUCGCUGCCGCUGCCUUUGCGCGGAACCGGGCAAGUAGCAGCAGCAGGAGCCGGGCUGGCAGCUGUGUCCAGGAGAGCGAGGCCGCCGCCUGCGCCCGGACCCAUGCGCCCCGCUCCGCCUCCGCCGAGGUAGGUGCAGCAGCUGCUCGGGAUCGCGGCUUGCUUGUCUCCGCGCCCGGUGCUCGCUUGAGCCGAUCCUAGCGGGCCCAGCACGAUACCCGCGCCGCAGCUCCGGUCGGGGACUGUCCGACUCCCGGGACGCGUCCAGGCCGUCGGCUAGCAGCCCCGGGGAGAGACCGGGGUGCCGCCGAUGAUGCUGGGUGGGCCACACCCCCAGCACUUGCCUUCCGGGGGCGCUGCGCUUUGUGGCCGAUGCUUGUAAGGCUCCCUCCGCCCGCCACCUCGAGGGGGCCGGCUAAGUACGUAGUAGAAAUAGGGCUGCAUCCAGAAAUUCCCGGCUUGACAGCCAGCCUUGCCCCCGCCACUACAUACAAGAUUCACCCCCGCUGCCUCCGCUGCCCUUCCCGGUUUCCUCCUGCUCCUUUCCCUCUGGGACCGGCUGACCGGCUUCCCCAUUGUUAGUGCCUGUUUGUGAAAGGAAGCCAACCCAGUGCCAAAGGAGCAGGCCCGUCCCAGGACUUCCUUAUUGGGCUGCCACUUCCACCUUUGGUUCUUCUUUCAGGGCUGGCACAAGUCACUGGCAAUCUUGGUGGGCAGGUGCAGCUCCAGGUGCCAAGGUCCAGGUGAGGGCAAAAGGUGGAGAGGAAAAGCACAACUUGCCAGUGUUUGGAGCUAUAUCAAAAUCCAGAAGUUGGCAUUUGGUUUUGAUGCCUCGAGUCUUUUGAAUGAACUUUGACUAGACUCUGGCCAGGACAAAACCCUUGGGCUCGUUGAGGUGACCAGUUUCUGGGUAAAGGGACCCCUGACCAUUAGGUCCAGUCAUGGACGACUCUGGGGUUGCGGCGCUUCUCUCGCUUUACUGGCCGAGGGAGCCUGCGUACAGCUUCUGGGUCAUGUGGCCAGCAUGACGAAGCCGCUUCUGGCGAACCAGAGCAGCGCAUGGAAACGCCGUUUACCUUCCCGCCGGAGCGGUACCUAUUUAUCUACUUGCACUUUGACGUGCUUUCGAACUGCUAGGUUGGCAGGAGCAGGGACCGAGCAACGGGAGCUCACCCCGUUGCGGGGAUUCGAACUGUCGACCUUCUGACUGGCAAGUCCUAGGCUCUGUGGUUUAACCCACAGCGCCACCCGCAUCCCUAGUUUCUGGGUACCCCUCUCCAAAUGGAUAACGGAUUCCUAGGAACCAAAUGCAACAGACUAUGAGUUGCCAUCUUCAGGCUGUAAUUACGCAAAUUAAAGUGCUUUCGACUUUGGAAACAUUUGAACUUUGGUAUAGACUGCUGACCUCAUCUGUGGUAAUGCUUGCAAGUUUCAUACAAAGAUAAGGUAUAUAAAAUACAGCCUCUGUGGUCUUGUUUUGCUGCAAGGAGCCUUCAAAUUAAGUGAUAGAAAUCUGAAAGGUAUCUAUUGGGAGCAGGGCACUCUCUUGGCAAGAUUGCCUGUCUCAUAUUAGUCGAGUUAAUAGUUGUUGCUCCAGUUAAUCCUUUCUUCACAGCAGCAUGUAAGACAGCAUCCCAAAAGCUGAGUCCACUUUCAAACCAGGGCGCCUGCCAGAUGAACCAGCAGCCAUGACUUAUUUUCCUUCUUGGGUAAAUAAAAGCCAGCAGACUCAUCAUAGGUCUUUCUGGAGUUGUAGCAGCAGCAGCCUCCUGGGCAUAACAUCCACUCAGGCGCAUUUUCUCCCAGGCAGGAAGGAGUUAAGAAACAGUAUUGCAGAAGCUGAAGUCAGACAGUGUGUGUGAGAAAGAAGAUCAGCUGAUGAAACAUUAACUCCCCUGACCUCCUUUGCAGCCCAGGAGUCAGAAAUGCUCUCAUUUAGUAACCACUCUGUCUGUGGAAAGGUGAGAUUCCCUAAGCUUGCCUGCUGUCUCUGCCCCCAUUCCCCACCCCCCACUACUACAGUAAUACCAAACAGGAAAUCCUUUUCAGUUUCACUUUCUACAGGGAGCACGAAAGAGGGUGUUUCUGCUUUCUGCACUCACAGUACAGUGGUACCUCUGGUUAAGUACUUAAUUUGUUCCAGAGGUCCAUUCUUAACCUGAAACUGUUCUUAACCUGAAGCACCACUUUAGCUAAUGGGGCCUCCUGCUGCUGCCGCGCCUCCGGAGCACGAUUUCUGUUCUCAUCCUGAAGCAAAGUUCUUAACCUGAGGUACUAUUUCUGGGUUAGCAGAGUCUGUAACCUGAAGCAUAUGUAACCUGAAGUGUAUGUAACCCGAGGUACCACUGUAAAUGGGUUUCAGCAGGGGUUUGGGGCAAAAUGAGCCCCUCUAUUCUUCCUGGGGCUGGACGCAAGCCAGGCAUAGGGGAAAGCAGGGGGUCUGUUCUGACGUUGCCCUUGCCCUUGCAGUUCGCCUGUCGGAUGCCGCCCUGGAGGGGGACGGAGCCAUCAUGGAGAGCGAUGAUGGAGGCCGCACUGCAUGUCCACAUGUGCCUUUGGCUGAUCCCGGCCUGGAUCCCUUUGCUGUUGCCAAAUGGAUUUGCCUGUGGAGCAAAAGUGCCGCGUGGGGCCGAGCCCUGCCGGGCAGCCCAGUGCCGCGGGGAGCUGACAUGGGCGGUGCAUUUGACAGUGCCAGAGGGGUCCCCUUCCUCUGAGGAGGAGCUGGACUGGCGGGCGGAAGAACUGGCCAAGGAGGCCGGCCUCGUGAACAUUGGCCGGAUCGGGGAGCUCAGAGGCCACUACCUCUUUGGCUACCAGCUGGCAAGCCCACCGGGCCUCAGCCUGGAGGCCAUCCAGCGGUCAGCGGAGGCGGUCUUUGCACAGCACGACAGCGUGAGGUGGCACGCCGAGCAGCGGUUUCUGAAACGCUCCAAGCGCAGCUUGCACUUUAACGACCCCAAGUUCCCGCAGCAGUGGCACUUGGUGAGUGGGUCCCCUGGCUUUGUGGGAGGGGCAAAAAGACAGCUUCCGGGGGCAAGUCCAGCUGAUGCCCAGGAACUCUGGGUGAGGCAGAGGAGUCAGGUGUUGCUGCCCACUUCCAAGGGCACUUUUCCCUUUUCUUGCGAGGAAUCCUAUUCGGAAUAAGGGAAUUUCCCUUAAAAAAAGGGAAACGUUGACAGCUAUGCUCCUUCCCCUGUAACCCUCUAGGCCAGGGGUCAGCAAACUUUUCCAGCAGGGGGCCGGUCCACUGUCCCUCAGACCUUGUGGGGGGCCAUACUAUAUUUUUUUUGGGGGGGAAUGAACAAAUUCCUAUGCCCCACAAAUAACCCAGAGAUGCAUUUUAAAUAAAAGCACACAUUCCACUCAUGUAAAAACACCAGGCAGGCCCCACAAAUAAACCAGAGAUGUAUUUUAAAUAAAAGCACACAUUCCACUCAUGUAAAAACACGCUGAUUCCCAGACUGUCCGCUGGCCGGAUUGAGAAGGCGAUUGGGCCAGAUCUGGCCCCUGGGCCUUAGUUUGCCUACCCAUGGAAUAGUGGCUCCCUUCCUUAUCCACCAUCUUCCUGAGGCUGCCACAGAGUGCAAGAAGCCAUGGUGCACUCCAUAUCAGGAAGAUGAGAUACCUUUACCUCAAGGUCUAAGUGAGGGAAGCACAUAAGAAAAUACCCAUGCUCUAGGCCAAGCUUCCUCAACCUCGGCCCUCCGGAUGUUUUGAGACUACAAUUCCCAUCAUCUUUGACCACUGGUCCUGCUAGUUACGGAUCAUGGGAGUUGUAGGCCAAAAACAUCUGGAGGGCCAAGGCUGAGGAAGCCUGCUCUAGGCAAUGUCAGACUACAUCUCCCAUCAGCCCCUGGACAAUGUACAAGGUUGAUGGGGGUUGUGGUCCAGCAGCAUCUGGAGGUCCCCUUCAGGUUCUCCACCCAUCCCAUUGCAGGGCAGCGGUGCCAGCUUGCCCCCGCAAGCACGGGUGCCUGGGGCCAUGUGGCGUUGUGUGCCGGGGCCAUGUGUGCUAUGUUGUCACAACCCCGGCGUGCUGAUGUCACUUGAGCAUGUGUCAUGGCACGGUGAUGUAGUGCAUACACGUUGGGGACAUGGUGAUGUAGCAAGCAUGCACCCUACGGCAUGCAUUUGCGGCUGCACCACACUUUAUGAGUGCCUGCCCCCGCCAUUUUAAAUGUUAUGGGAGCCAGGGCACCCCCAGCUUCGGGGACUCGGCACCUGUGUUUCAGGGUACAUAUAAUGAGCCCUGGUACUUGAGUGAAAUCAGGAGUUGGCCUUUGAGCUAUUUCCUUGCUGUCUACUCACAGGAGUGGGCAGCAGAAAAUAAUACAAAGUGAGUUGUAGUUAACUCUUUAUUAGCAGAAACAUGAUUGGAACAGCAUAGCUGUCAACUUUUCCCUUUUCUUGCGAGGAAUCCUAUUUGGAAUAAGGGAAUUUCCCUUUAAAAAAGGGAAACGUUGGCAGCUAUGUUGGAACAGCAGUGUCAGACCUAAUGAGCACAGCAACCCAUCCCUGGUAGGUUCCCCCCCCCCCCCCCGUGAAACAGUUGCCAAGACUGAAGGUCCCUGCCUCUCCACACCUGCCUGUCCCCUCCUCUCCAGGGUUUUUUCCAAGGAAUCAGAGGCUGCACCUGUGUGCCUGCCUUUCCUCCUCCCGUUUCAUGCCUCUUCUGGUCCUGGGAGACCAGCGGGGAGGGGAGUUUGUUGCAACAGGAGGGGAGGAGACUUCUUCACCAGCCUGACUCAUCUGUGCCUCUCGGCCUCCCUCAUCCCACUCUCCUGCUUCCACUUCUGCCUCUGAUUCUGGACUUCUCUCCGCCACAGACUCUCCCUGCUCACUAAGCCCUGUAACUCUUCCACUGCCAACACCUCCUCUUCCCAGUCUUCUCCCUCUGACCACUCAUCGUCAUCCCACCACCAUUUCCUGGACUCUGAGCCUUCUCCCCUUGGGGGCUACCCAGCCGGUUCCUCCCACUUUUCCUCUGCAUCCAACCGGUCCAUGACAUCUGCAGCAAACCCAGGAUCUGCUCCUGUGUGUUCAUGUUGGCUUGCCUCCUCGCCCUCUGAACGUUGUGCCUCCCUUCUGUCUCCUGGCCUAGAACAACCGCAAGAGCCCCGGGAUGGACAUCAAUGUGACGGGCGUCUGGGAGAGGAAUGUCACUGGCCAGGGCGUGACGGUGGUUGUGGUGGAUGACGGGGUGGAGCACACCAUCAAAGACAUCCAGCCCAACUACGUGAGUAGCUGAUGCCACCACCAUCCCUUUUGGGGCACCGCAGCUGCCGGGGCUAGGCUUGGAGAGUUAGGGCCCAGCUGGAGCCUUAGAGUAGGGCUGGGUGACAUAUUGAUAUAUCGUCCCAACCUGGUUUGAAGUCCAUAUUGUGAUGUCUGUUUCAUACCUGGCAAUGUAUUGCGAAUCAUAGUGUGUGUGUGCUUAUGCAAAAAUCGCAUUGUGGGGAAAAGCGUGAAGCCAGCCAAUGCUUCUAUAAAGCUCCAUCCUUAUUUCAGACAUUGGACUCAGCAACAUUAAUUUUUUAAAAAAUGUUUUAACUGCAUUAUAACACUGUGACAGCAGAUGGCGCUGUACAGUUCGAAUCUUCGGCAAUGUGGUUUUGCAUUAUGAGCUUCACAACAUUUUUUUUUUUUAAUGUGUCUAGAUCCAGGGACGCGGGUGGCGCUGUGGGUAAAACCUCAGCGCCUAGGACUUGCCGAUCGCAUGGUCGGCGGUUCGAAUCCCCGCGGCGGGGUGAGCUCCCGUCGUUCGGUCCCAGCUCCUGCCCACCUAGCAGUUCGAAAGCACCCUCAAGUGCAAGUAGAUUAAUAGGUACCGCUUUAUAGCGGGAAGGUAAACGGCGUUCCGUGUGCUGCUCUGGUGCCGGUUCGCCAGAGCAGCUUCGUCACGCUGGCCACGUGACCCGGAAGUGUCUGCGGAGAGCGCUGGCUCCCGGCCUCUAGAGUGAGCGCACAACCCUAGAGUCUGUCAAGACUGGCCCGUACGGGCAGGGGUACCUUUACCUUUACCUAGAUCCAGCCAUUGGGAUAUAACGGUAUAUUGCGAUGUUUAGCUGGUGAUAUAUCAUAAUGUUAAAAACCAGAUAUCGCGCAGCCCUACCUUAGAGGUGCGAGAGGCUUGCCUCUGAGACUUGGCUGGGCUGCAGAAGAGGACACAUGACCUUUUAAGACUCAACCACCUGGAUCCAGCAGGGAGCAACCUGCCUGGCUCUUGGGUCAGGUGGCUGGGGCUUAAUUGGCAACUGGCCGGUCAGCUGAGUCCAGGCGGAUGGAAGCAAAGGAGGGUAGGGCCUAGACCUGGCUUGGCUCAGGAUAGCUUAUAUACAUGCCACUCCCAAGCAGCUGGGCCGGAUGCUGCCCCAAUGGGGAAUUGUUGGGCAGGAUCCCAUCACCCAGGCCCUCCUCUCUCCAGGCGUUGUGGAGCCGCGUUCAGGUUCUGUUGCUACCCAGCAGCAGGAAAGAAUCUGCCACAAUCUGUGCUAUGUUGGUAAAUAUGGUAGAGUUCCAGGCAGUUGCCAAAACCACCCUUGAAGGUCUUUGAAAACGGACCCAGUCUUGAUGUUGUGCAAGUGCUUCUGCAUUUCUCUCACCUGAGGCAGCAAGAAAGGGGGCACUGGAGAUGGGGUCGACAUGAUCAGGGCUUUUUUCCAGCCGGACCUCACCAGAACUGAGUUCCGGCACCUCUUGGGUAGGCUCCAGUGCUAGUACAGUGGUACCUCUGGAUAUCAAUGGGAUCCGUUCCAGAGCCCCGUUCGCAUCCAGAAGUGAACGCAACCCAUGUCUGUGCGUGCACGGGUCGCGAUUCGCCAGUUCCGCGCAUGCGCGUGAAGUCAUUUUGACUGUCUGCGCAUGCGUGAGUGGCAAAACCAGGAAGUAAUGCGUUCCGUUACUUCCGGGUCGCCGCGGAGGGCGACCCGAGAGUGCUCAACCUGAAGCACAUUUAACCCAAGGUAUGACUGGACAUGGGUGACGCGGUUGGCACUGUGGGUUAAACCACAGAGCCUAGGACUUGCCGAUCAGAAGGUUGGCGGUUCGAAUCCCCAUGAUGGGGUGAGCUCCCGUUGCUCGGUCCCUGCUCCUGCCAACCUAGCAGUUCGAAAGCACGUCAAAGUGCAAGUAGAUAAAUAGGUGGGAAGGUAAACGGCGUUUCUGUGCGCUGCUCUGGUUCACCAGAAGCGGCUUAGUCCUGCUGGCCACAUGACCUGGAAGCUGUACGCCGGCUCCCUCGGCCAAUAAAGCGAGAUGAGCGCUGCAACCCCAGAGUGGGCCACGACUGGACCUAAUGUUCAGGGGUCCCUUUACCUUUACCUAUGACUAUAUAAAAGAACAAGGAAGGCAUUCAUGAUGUAUUCCGGCACAUCUUUUUCUAGAAAAAUAGCACUGGUCACAACCCACAUUUCCUGCCCUGUCCUGUUCAGCUUCCUCUUUGAAAUGGAAGGGGGCAGGGAUUGUGACUGACUCAAAGCUCAAUGGUGGCUGACGACGGUUUCCUGGGUGUGCCACAGAUUACCGAAAUGCUUGUUCCCAUCUUAUCCUGAGCCCAGAAGCAGCACCUGCUGCCUUAGAUCAGGGUCUUGGCAUGAGGUGGAAGCUGAUUACUUAAUAUUCUACAGCCUUUUAAAUGUCUGUUAUUUUUGUUUUAAUUUAUUUAUUUGUGUUUUUAUCUUGUAUUUUAUUCCGUGAACCGGCCUGAGAUCUUGUGAUGAGGGACAAUGCAUAAAUUUAAUAAAUUAAAUAAAUAAACAUGAUUUCCCCCUCAGGAUUUUAUAUAUAUAUAUAUAUAUAUAUAUAUAUAUACACACACACAUAUAUAUAAUUUUUUUUAACAUAUCAGUUCCAACAGUCAUACAGCAUAACUUCUCAUCUUAUACAAUAUUUUGGACUUCCGUCAACUCCUCUGAUGAUUUUCCGUCCCCCCCUCAGGAAAUUAUGCGGUUCAGCCGUUUUUUAUUUAAUUAAAAGAUUAGCCCUUCUGGGAACAAGAGCCUACAAGGAUUAAAAGCGAGUGCAAUUAUUGUAGGCAACAAAAUCACAAUAAAGCAGGAAAGAAGGGGCAGGAUAGAGUUGGGGGCAGGGGGGAAGGGGGACUGAUGUUUGUUGAGUCCUGAGUGCUUUGUUCCCCAGCUGCAGUUACCCUCGCACUCCCAGGAAAAAGGACUCUCAACUCUGGGUCUUGGUCUCUUUCAGAGCCCUGAAGGCAGCUAUGACUUGAAUUCCAACGACCCAGACCCCAUGCCCCACCCGGACGAGGAAAACGGCAACCAUCAUGGGACCCGUUGUGCUGGGGAGAUCGCAGCCGUCUCCAACAACAGCUUCUGUGCUGUGGGAGUUGCCUAUGGCAGCCGGAUCGCAGGUACUGGCACCCGGUGGCAGGGGAGAGCUGCUGCUGCUCAGUGCCAGAGCAUUUCCCAGUUUGAAUCUGCAGGGAGAGAAUCUCUUGCCUGACAUUCUAGAGAGCCUCUGCCAGCCAGUGUAGACCGCACUGAACUAGAUGGGCUGGCAAUCUGACUCGGAAGAAGAGUCAUCUUCUGGUGUUCCUCUGUUUGGGUUGGACUCUGCCCAGUUGCUGCAAGGAAAGUGGGUGGGAUUCAGCUGGCUUGCAUUUCUGCAGGCGAAGCAGUGUCCCGAAGGCAUGCUAAGCUACAGGUGAGAGCUGAAUGCAGGGUAGGAACCAGACGAACUACCCCCAAAGAAGCAACAUGUCCCCCACCAGAAGAACUACCCCUCUCCAACACCCCAUACAGCCCUGUAUGCCCUGUAGUAAUGUCAUUAUUAUGCCCAUAUGUGUGUAUGUGUAAACAUGCAGGGGUCUGUGGGUGUUAAGGGAACAACAGCUUGCCUAAGGUCACCUCGUGAGUUCACGGCAGAGGUAACCAUGAGGGGAAAUGGGGACCGCUUCCCGAAGGCUGGCUUCAGCACAGUAUUUGCCACAUCUGGGCGUGGGGGCUGUGGAAUGUGAGGGAGGGUGUCAACAAACCUGAAAGUCAUAGGCUGCCAUUCUCCGCUAUGGACAGCAGGUGGCAUCUUCUCCCUAUCCCAAGAUAAUCUUGUGGGGAGGACAGGACCCCCCCCCCCUUGUUCAGAGCAUAGGUUGCUUUGCUUCACAGGCUUUCGAGGGUGUGGGGUGCAUGCGUUCCUUUUCAGUGCAAACUGGAACUGCACAAACGGUGAUUUCCAGGUGCUCUCAGAGCAGACUGGCAAAUGCAGUGCGAGAAGGGAGCCUUGCUGAGCCUCGGGGGCUUGUCUGUGACCCCCCCCCCUCCAAGUUGAUCUGGUGAGGCAGUAACCGCUGUGCUCACAGCUCCCCAAACCGCAGAGAAUGAAGGAGGGUGGGAUGUUUGUUCUGCCGCUGAGCCGGGCAGGCAGCUCCCAUCUGGAGCGAUGUUUGCUCACUGCCGGUCUAGACUUCCCGUGCAAAUUGGCUCAAUUAGCAGCUCUCUGGUUCAUUGGGAACGUGGUUGCGGAUCAAGUGUGUCUGUUUCUCUCCCUGCGGGAGGUUUGCGGCUUGAAAAAAACCAAAUGUAGCUGCAGACGUUCACGGUUUGACAGUAUGAAAUUGGUGCAUUACACGGGGUGUCUGAUGUCCGAAAAGAGCCCUUGGCGUUUUGCAAGUGGUUUAGAUGGAAGUGGAGUUGGGUGGCAGCUGAACACAUCCCACCUUGAUGGUGGAAACAGGAAUUCCAGGGGGGUGGAGGUAAGCAGGGCAGAUCCCAGCCCAGCUCUUCUUGCUGCUCCUCUGACCUCCUGACUCCAUCCCUUCCCUUUUUUCUUGUAAGAGACACACACACAGUCUGGGAUCAGCUCAGCAGGUGAGAAUAAGUUCUCCCAACUUCCUUUUAUGGUUUAGCAGGUGUGGCUUCCACCAGCUCCACUUUCACUCCGAAGAUACAUCAUUGCUAGCCACUGCUUAAAUAGCCCAGGGGUGGGGAACCUUCAACCUGCGGGCCAAAUGCAGCCCCGCAUCCCGCUCUCUCUGGGCCUCCGGACUGUGCAGGCCAUGCACCUUCCUCAAGCCACACCCCUCACUGGCUCCUUUACUGGCCAUCCUCUAGUGAUGUUACCUGGCUGGAGCAUCCGUUGCAACUGCAGGGACACCUCUUGCUUGCCUGCCUGAGAGUAAUAAUAAGAAUAAUAAUAAUAAUAAUAAUAAUAAUAAUUUUAUUAUUUGUACCCUGUCCAUCUGACUGGGUUUCUCCAGCCACUCUGGGCAGCUUCCAGUAUAUACAGAAACAUAAUAAAACAUCAGACAAUAAAAACUUCCUCAUACAGGGCUGCUUUCAGAUGUCUUCUAAAAGUUGCAUAAUUGUAUAGUUACUUAUCUCCUUGGCAUCUGAUGGGAGGGUGUUCCACAGGGUGGGGUGCCACUACUGAGAAGGCCCUGUAGCUUCGCUUCUUGCACUGAGGGAGCCACCAGAAGGCCCUAGGAGCUGGACCUCAGUGUCCAGACUGAACAAUGGGGGUGGAGACGCUCCUUCAGGUAUACAGGGCUGAGGCUGUUAGGGCUUUAAAUGUUGGCAUUAUUCCUUUGAACUGUGCUCUGAAACAUACUGGGAGCCAAUGUAGGUCUUUUGGGACCCUUGUUAUAUGAUGUUGGGGGCUGCUGCCAGUCACCAGUCUAGCUGCCCCAUUCUGCGUUAGUUGCAGUUUCCGAGUCACCUUCAAAGGUUACUUUUAUUCCCAUUUUACAGCUGGAGGGGCUGAGAGGGAGAAAGCCACUUUCCCGCAGCAGCCAGUGUCCUGGGCUGAAGCAAGACUUGAACACAGGCCUCCUUGCUCUUGGAUGGCACUGGAAGCCUCUGGCGGUGUGUGCGUCUGAACUGCUUGCCAGGUCUCUCCUGCCCCUGCCUUACCUGUCUUUGUCUGUGCAGGGAUCCGAGUGCUGGACGGGCCUCUCACUGACAGCAUGGAGGCUGUGGCUUUCAACAAACACUAUCAAAUCAACGACAUCUACAGCUGCAGGUCAGUGCUGGAAGAACAGCAAAUAAAUACGAAGCUUUGGGGGGGAGGGCUUUGAUCACAGGGAUGUGAACCGAGUCCCCUUUGUGGGCAAAGUCCGUGCCGUGGGCUCUGGUCUCAAUUGCAGAAGGGCUGGUUUGCUAGAUGCUUGGUGGCGUCCCCGGAAAUUGCAUCACCCAGAGCACCAGCAGGCACUUCCUUUUUCCUACAGUCUCCCUUGCAGGCUGGAGCUGUUGGGUCAGUUGUGAUGGAGAGAAUGGGGAAUCCUGUUCACUCACUGCAGAGCCUGUGUGACCCCAUGGAAGUGGGAAAGGGGGUUCUGUUGCUCUGGCCUGCCACUUCCAGGAAUGCCUGGUAUCCUAAGUUGUUGUUGUUUUAGUUUUAAACAUCUUUAUUGAAAGUUCAAAAAGUACAAAAUACUAAAUAUUGUGAGACGUAAAUAAAAGAGGGAACAAGAAGAAGAGAAACAGAACCUGUGUAGAAGGGAAAAUAUGUGGGGAGGGGAAAAACCCCAAAACUGUAUACUUUACAAGGUUGUUAUUGUACUUUACCAGAUCUUAACCUAUUACAGUAUUUGUAAGAAUGGAUUCCAAAUGUCAUUGAAUUUGUCAUAUGCAAGUUGUUCAUAUGUUGCGAGUUUGUAUAAGUCUUCAAUCCAAUCGUAGAAGGGAGCUGCAUUUUUAUUUUUCCAAUUUAUCAGUAUCAGUCUUUUUUGCUGUGUGGUAAGGGCACGGAGAGUCCGCUCGUAUUGUCCUUUUGUAAGGUUCCAUGUGCUGGAUAUAUAAUGCAAGAGAACAUUUUCCUCUGUAAAUGUAAGAUUGUUCCAUACAGUUCUGUUGAUAGUUACAGGUAGGUAGCCGUGUUGGUCUGCCGUAGUCGACAGAUGUGUAACUGAAGAAGUCUGCAUGCACACGAAAGCUCAUACCAAUAACAAACUUAGUUGGUCUCUAAGGUGCUACUGGAAGGAAUUUUUUUAUUUCGUUCUGUUGAUAGUUUCAGUUAGCAUCUACCAAAAAUCUUUUGAUAUAGGACAAUGGAAAACAUACAUUUUAGAGAAGCGUUAUCCCUAUUGCAUCUCCAACAGUUAGAUCUACCUUAGAUACCCCAGGUUGUUGUGACCCUCAGAUUUGUCCCUAAGUUCUGUUUCCCGGCAUUUCCCUUCGCAGCUGGGGCCCCGAUGACGACGGCAAAACCGUGGAUGGUCCUCACCAGCUUGGGAAGGUACGGAGUUCGAGUUCUGCCAUCUCCUUCUCUGCCAGCCCGAGAGACUUGGAGAACACUGGGCCUCACAGGGUGGCUCUGGAGGCGGGAAGCAGCAGUGCUGCGUGCGAUUGGCUGUGAGCCACCAGAUCGCAUGCACAGGUUUUGAGGGAGCUGAAAGGUCUAGGACCCUUGUCCUGUGGGUUUUCUAGGGCUUUCCCUGUCACAGACCCAUUGUCCUUGCUGGACGUUCUUCAGCAAGGGGGCUGGGGGGAUGCCCUGCACUGUGAGGGGGGUGGGGCAAGGUCACCCCUGCUCACUCAGCUAACGCACCCCUUUACUUUUCAGGCCGCUUUGCAGCAUGGGGUGAUGGCCGGCCGCCAGGGCUUUGGCAGUAUCUUUGUGGUGGCCAGUGGGAACGGAGGGCAGCACAAUGACAAUUGCAACUAUGAUGGCUACGCCAACUCCAUCUACACCGUCACCAUCGGUAAUAGGAUGGGCAGAGGCCUGUUUUUUAAUACAGUCAUACCUCGGGAUGAAUAUGCUUCAGGUUAAGCAUUUUUGGCUUGCGCUCUGCGGCGACCCGGAAGUAACGGAACACGUUACUUCGGGGUUUCACCGCUCGCGCAUGCGCAGAUGUUCAAAAUGACGUCAUGCGCAUCCGCGGAAGUGGCAAAACACAACCCGCAGUCGUGCAGUCGCAUGUUACGUUCGCUUCAGGAUGCGAACAGGGCUCUGGAAUGGAUCCCGUUCGUAUCCAGGGUACCACUGUAUUAAUAUUUUUACUGGAAGAAUUUCAAUUAUAAAGAAAUAAAGUGAUGCAAAGGGGGGAAUCGAGGGAAGUGCGGGGGGGGGAUCAAAGAUGUGUAUAAGAAAGAAUAUAUACAGUCGUACCUCCGUUUACGUAACCCUCUGGUUACGUAAACUUUGGGAUGAGCGUGCGGCAAACCUGGAAGUAUUUUACCGAGUUUCACCGUGCGCGCAUGCGCAGAAGCAGUUCUCAGGUUGCGGAAACUUCGGGAUCCAAGCGGACCUCCGGAAUGGAUCCUGUCCGCAACCAGAGGUACCACUAUAUAUACAGAACCCCUAAACCCUAGAGAUUAAUAAAUACCAGGGUUUGAUGAAUUGGGGAAUGGAUUAAAACGUAAACCGCUAUUCAUGUAUGCUACUACAGUGGCAAGAAUGUGAUUUGCCCCAAAAUGGAAAGAAGCAGCAAAAGAAGAAUGGAUACAAAAACUUACGGAAUAUGUAGAAAUGGCGAAACUUAGUACCAGAAGAAUAAGAAUCAAGAUAACAUUUUUUUUAAAAAUAAAAGAAUGGAAAUGGUUUAUUGGAAUAUUUACAGAAAAAUUGUAAACAGAUAAAAAUAUUGGCAGGAUUAUUGUAAUAACCUGCAGUUUCAUAAGAGUAUAUAUUUAAAGAAGAUGAAUAAAUGAGCAAAUUAAGUUAAUUUGGAUGUGCAGAAGAUAUUAAAAAUAAAUUUAAGGAACUGCAGAAAGAGAGGGAAGGAAGUCAAGUUUUGAAAUGUCAAAAUGAUUGUAAAUUAGCGAAAUGUAUAAACCUGAGAAGUAUAAAUUUAAAAAAAACCAAAACAUAAACGGCAGGGCUGUGCCAGACAGGGAAUUCCCCGGCUGCCUUAUACAAACCAGCCUAGCUGGCUGGCUGAGGGAAGACGGAACUUGUUAAGGGUCAUCAAGAAGACAACAGACCUUCUUGCCCCAGGUGUGACCAGAGACUGCAGAUUAGGAAGGUUGCCAGGGUAACGGCUCUGGAGGAAGUUAAGGUGCUUCUGGGAAGAAGAAAGGGGAAGAAAGGUUGAGAUCCAUCUUGGCAAGGGAGAAGGAAGGAGGACUGUCUGCAAUGCUUUGAGCCACACUGUAAGAUCUGGACCCUCUCCAUGCAGACUGAAGGUGUAAAUAUGUGGGAGAAAAACCCAUAUUUCUUAAAGCAAGACAGUCUCUGCAGUGCCUUCUACUCUCCAAAGGGACACAGACCCGGGGUGUGUGCCAGUGGCCCCAUGCGUUCCUGCCCCUGCUUGGCAGAGAGAGGUGUAGGCACUGGGCUUUUGUAACAAUAUAUACCCCCAAAAACGAAGAGCAAUGUACUAUACUCCCAUUCUUACAUAAAUUUGAUAUAGUGUUAUUAUCCUAAAACAUAUAGAUGGUAAUAGCCUACUUCAUUCUGCAUAAACUCAAUCCAAAUAUUGUCAUAUGUAUCUAAACAAAGUUGACAUCUGUAUGCAGGCCAUUCGUAUGAUGCAAGUGUUGACAAUGGACUGUUGUCAAUGGACCGACAAUAUGACAACAUGGGCAGGCGGGAACUUUGUACAGAAGGUUUGUGUCUGUGAGAAAGACAGACAGACAGAUGCAUUGGGCUCCAAGCUCUUUCUGAAAUCCAUGUUCUCUCAAGCAGCCCUUCGGAGCUUGCAUAUGUUUUCCUAACGCAGGAACUUGAGUUGGGCACAGCUGGGGUCCCAAGGAAAAGCAUUUCUCUGCAGCCACCACUGAGAUUUUCUCCCCUCUCCCCUCCCCUUGCCCAUUAGCCCUGAGCUUCCUGCUUCAGUCAUCAGGCUGUGCGGGAUGAAUAAGCCUACACUUGUGGGUUUUGGGAAGCUGCCCACGAGGCAGGAGCCAAAUCAAAGCAUGCAGGGGGCACAGCAGGGGGAGAGGUUAUUUUUCAUGACUUUGUUUCAUGUGUCCCACUGCAAAUGCCCAGAUCUUGUCCCUGCUCCCCCAGAGCUGUCCUGCUAGUGGCUUAGCUCUGUUUAUCCCACUGAAACCAUUUUCAGGAUAUUACUAAAUAGUAAAUUGUGUGUAUGUGUAUGUGUGUGUCUAUGCCACUUUCUUCAACCCUUUUUCUUGCCUCUUCUUUCCCUCCAGGUGCAGUGGAUGAGAUGGGGUACAUGCCCUUUUACGCUGAGGAGUGUGCCUCCAUGCUGGCUGUGACUUUCAGCGGGGGGGACAAGAUGAUGAGGAGCAUUGUAAGUCCAGCAGGUUCCAAAUGCUGCUGUUGCGCAGCAUUGGGCAACCCAGUGGGUUUAAAAGUGCCUUGUUGUGCCCCCCAGAGCCUGCCAUGGGGGCCUCACCCAUGCCAGCAAAGGUCUUUCCUGCAGGCACUGAUAGGGAAAUCCAACCAGAUGGGCGGGGUAUUAAUAAUAAUAAUAAUAAUAAUAAUUAAUAAGGCUGCAUGCAAGGAGCCCGGUAUGCUCUGCUCUGCGGGGCUUUUGCAAACUCCAGAGUUAGCGCUUCUUCCCGUCACCACAAGGGGCUUUUAGCAUGAUGUUCUACUGUGUCCUUAAUGGGAAGAAUUUAACCCAGUUUCUUGGCUCCUGUUGAUGCUUCCUGGCCAAGCUAGUGCAUGUUUGAAAACGUGCAUCUCGUGUCCAAGUGCAAAUAACAGCUGUCAGCAGCCGACAGAAUGGUUCCACGCUCAACCGAAAAGUCAGCGGCGGGAGGGAGGGGAGGACUGUGCUUGGCAAGGCAGAAGGAGGCAGCCAGACCUUUCCACAGUUAGAACAGAGCUGUGAUCUUUUUAAACAGCAAGAAUCCGUAAACACUGCCUUGCUCGAUCACGGAGCAAGAGUCCACUUAGGCCAGCUUCCCGUUGCUUGGAUGGCUGGCCAGGUGUGUCUAGGACCUUGUAGGCAAGGCAUGACAGGAGCAACCUUCCCCCCCCCCAAAAAAAACACCCCUCACUCUUCUUAGGCCUGCCUUUCAUUUAUUUGCAAUAUAACUAAGAGCCAAAACAGCCUGUUGCACACGGAGAGCUGAGAGAGAUUGCCCAGCUUCCUUUAAAUGCAAGCAAAUGGGCUGCUAGUUAAAUCAAGGAAGCAGUGGGGGCACUGGAGCCAAUUAACCUCUUCCCCCUCCCCAAAUACAGAUGUCCUGAUCUUAAUCAGUCCCUGAGACAUGCAGAUACCAUACAAGUACCUACAUCUUGUGUUUGAAUUGUUGUAACCUGCCCUGGGAAUUUAGGGUGAAAGGCAGAUGGUGAGGAUGAUAGUUAAUCCAUGCAACUGGCUGGGCCUCUCAAUAUAGCAGGUUGUGGGGGAUGGCGGGGUUUGACCAUCCCAUCUUAGUUUUGGCUUUUAGUUAUCAGUAGCUUUUUAGAAGCGUGUGGGCUGUUUUUAAUGCAUUUUGGUUUUCCCGUUGGUUUUAAUAUAUCUAUGUGGGGCUUUUUGUUUGUUUGUGUGUAAGUCUCUUUGGGUUGCCUUGGGCAAGAUUAAAACAAAAUUCAGAAAUAUUAUUAAUAAUAAUACAAUUGUACCUUGGUUUUCAAACAGCUUAGUUCUCACACGUUUUGACUCCCCAACACCGCAAACCUGGAAGUGACUGUUCCGGUUUGUGAACUAUUUUUGGAAGCUGAACGUCCGAUGGGGCUUCCGAUUGGCUGCGGGAGCUUCCUGCAGCCAAUCAGAAGCUGUGCUGUGGUUUCUGAACAUUUUGGAAGUCGAACGGACUUCCGGAAAGGAUUCUGUUCGACUUCCGAGAUACAACUGUAAUAAUAAUAAUAGUAAUAAUAAUAAUAAUAAUAAUAAUGCCCCCAAUCCAAAUCUCCCUCCCCUUGCAGCUUGCUACUAAUCCUUUAAAAACAGUGCCACAAGUGUAGGACAUUUUGUUCUCCCAAGUGUCUGGUCUGGUUUUGUGCUAUGCAUUCCUUCACUGCCCCCCUUAAGGUGCACCAUUCUGUUUUCCUUUGUAUUUCCUUUUAUGUCUGCUUAAAUGGCCUCCUCCCUUCUGCGGCAUUGUCUUUGCAAGCAAGGAUAUCUCCCUCCCCUGCUUCUAUGACUUCCCAAGGAGCUCAAGGCUCUCCUGGGCUGGUUGGAGUGGAAGCAGCCGGGUAGCUCCCUUGUCCCCAAACCCAAAUGGAUGAUGCUGGAAGUGGUGGAAAAAUGGACCCAGCCCCCUUUGAGCCACAGCAGCAGGUGGGGUGGGGAAAGGAGGAAGGAACAAAGGCAGAAACCCAGUAGCUGCCAAUCCCUUGUGCUAGUUUACUGCCUUUGCUUCCAUCUCCCCCUCUUUCAACAAAGGGGAUUCUCCACCUGGUUUAUUGCACAGAGCUGCCACAUAGCGUUCAAGUCUCUGCAGUGGGAAACCCCAAUAUGUCUCCCCAACCCACCCACCCAGAGUUGCAUGUGCAAAUCAGGCACUGGGUAUUACAAAGGGGUGGACUGAACCACUAAGGUGGAAGGAAGGCACAUGAAAUGCUAUCCUUGCAGCUUCAGAGCCAGACCAGGGGCUCCAAGUCACCCAAAACAGACAGGCACAAAGUGCAUUUCUUCCAUGGGCUGCCAGAAACAAGGAUUGAUUCGGUCCGUAUUCUGCACCCAUCCCAACUUGCAGAAACCUGACCUCAGAGAGGAAGGAGAUAAGUUUGUAGUGCAAUGAUGGUGGGGGGAGCCAGGGUCAGACCAGUUGCCCAGGGCUUCAUUAUUUGCAGCCCCCCCCAUGCUUAGAGUAUUAUUACUCUUAUUAUGUAAUUCCAUUUUGAGAAGCAAUGCCAAGUUUAUAUUCACACCAACUGAACCUUUGACAUGGUUAAUCCCCCAGAACUCUUCUUAGGCAGCCGUGUGAGAGUGAGACAGACAGACAGACAGACAGACAAGCUUUGCUAGUGCAUCCCAAGGAAAAGUGGUCCAGAGCUGUUUUGAGCUGGGCUCCUUCCAGAGUGACCUUCCCUCCCACCAUCCUCCCUAAGCUCAGUGUCAGAGCAGCCUGCCUGGUACCAGGAAGAGAAAAUAAAUAAAGGCUUUACGGAGCACACAAGGCAGUCCUGGUGACUGGGCUUACUCAUGUUUACAGCGGCAGAAGGAGGACCUUUCAAGGGUUGAAGCGAAAGAUGCAAGAUGGGUGUUGCGUGACGUAUGCAGGCAGGUGUUUGCUGGAUCCUACCUUGGAAAUUGGGUUGAGUUGCAGCCACCUUCUCUGAACUGGUGCCCUCCAAUUGUUUGGGGCUGGACCUCCCAGAAGCCCCAGCCAAUGCAUGACACCUCCAGAUUAGCUAGCCCUCCCUCUGGCCCCAGAAUUAUUCCAUUCGAACCAGUGACCUCCAACUUCCUGCUCUUCUCUUUCCAGGCAACCACAGACUGGGAUUUGCAGAGGGGCACCGGGUGCACGGAGGGGCACACCGGCACCUCUGCUGCAGCCCCCCUGGCUGCUGGCAUGAUCGCCCUGAUGCUGCAGGUGCGCCCCUGUCUCACCUGGCGGGACAUCCAGCACAUCAUCGUCUUCACAGCCACCAAGGUGAGACCAGGGCACCUUUGUAGUACCCCCCCAAUCUCUCUUCCCCUGUGGGCAACCUUCACAGUGCCAGCUGUGCCCAGAUAGGGAGGGGGGCAGCAGGCAGGAGAUUGGUUCCGGGCUAAAAAAGCCCAAGCCCAGCUUCAGGAUGGAAACGCAAGGAAGGAAGUAGACUGAGCUGAAAGAGACGAUGCGGUCCAUGGCAAAAUCCUGGCACCUCCUUCCCACAGGGCUUUGCUAAACUGUGGAACUCCCUCCCACGGGAGGAACCGAUGGCUACCAACCUAAAAAGAUGGUUCGAGAUAUUCACGGAGAAGAGAGAGCUAUCAGUUGCUACUAGCCAUAAUGGCUGUGCUUUGUUUCCACAGUUGCGGGCAGCCAUGCCACGUGCUGAAAACCACAGCAAGGAGAGGACUCUUGUGGUCGGAUCCUGCUUGUGGUUUUCCCUCUGGUUGGCCAACAUGAGAACAAGUUGCUGGACUAGAUGGGCCUUUAGCCUGAUCCCGCAAGCUAUUUUUAUGACCUCUGCUCUCCAUCGCUCCUUUGAUGAUGAAUUGAGCCACCAGGGUUAGGUCUUGGGGGUGGGAUUCAGAACCCCGAAGGAGUAUGGUAGUGUGGGCCUCUGCAUGGUCCCAUAGAGGUACCCCUGCCUCCCACAAUUCCAUGCCUGAAUCAGUGGGGUGGAGAGCAACCCUGAACCCACAAAGACCCCCCCCCAGCCACAGUAAUCUCUGCAAGCCCUCCUCCUCCUCCCCCUCAUUUCUUGGGGGUCUGGGUGGCUGGACUUGAGAACUCUGCAUGAAUGUUUCAGUGGGUUUGGAUAUGAUGCUUAACUGAAUCAGUGCUGGUGCUGAGCCAACCACUCCCAUCCCAGAGACCUGGAAAAGGAGGAGUGGGGUGUGGCUCUGCUCUCCCCUCCUCCCACAACCCCUGCCAAUUCAAAGGCGUAUCAAUGAAGCGGCAUGCUUGGGCAGGGGGACUGCCAGCCGGACCGUUUCAGAUCCGGAACUGCAUUCUUCCCUGCUCCUUUCGGCCCUGCUGAUUCAGCGUUUCAGAUCCAGCCUUGCAUCCUACUCUCUGCAGUGGCUCCCAGGCUACCUGGGUCACAGCAGCAUCAAAGCCUCCUCCAUCCUCUGAAGCCGCGGUCUCUCCCGCCUUCCCUGUCUGAGGCCCAAGCUCUUGCCCCAGCUAAUCAGCUCCCUGCCUCCCUUUGCAGUAUGAAGACAACCGGGCCAGCUGGGAUGUCAACCAGGCUGGCCUCAGCCACAGUCACCAGCACGGGUUUGGCUUGCUGAACGCUUGGAGGCUGGUCAACGCGGCCAAGGUAGUCGGAAGAGGACCAAGGACCAGGGCUGCUUGUCAGAAUGUGGGGGGAAGGCAGCUGUCUGCUCCAUGGUUCUCAUUUGGGUCCUGUUCCCCCAUUCCCAGAGAAAGGGAGAAAGGAUUGAUGCAUCUAGGGGGCUGCCCUCCACCUGGGCAUUGUAGUCUUCAGCCAGAAGCAUGGGGCAGGGGCCAGAGAGUAUUGGGAUGGACUUGCUGCCCCCUACAAGACCCCCACACCCCUCACUGCAGGCUGAAAGGGCUGGGGCGAUGUCUGCAAGCUGACAGGCUUGCAAAGUUGUUUUUCCACAAUUAAGGCCAGGAGAUGAACUGGUGGUAUAAGAGCCAUCUUCAGAUAUCUGAAGGGCUUUCACAUGCAAGGUGAAGCAUGCUUGUUUUCUGGUGGGACCAGAAUCAGUGAAUUCAAAUUGCAAGAAAUACUCAUUUCGAACAAAACCUUAGAAUAAUAGAAUUGUAGAGUUGGAAGGAAUACACCAAGGGUCAUCCAGUCCAACCCCCUGCAAUGCAGGGAUCUCAACAUGUGGUCCCCCAUCCAAUUUGAAACCAGACCGGACCCUGCUUAGCUUUGCAAAUGUGCCAGCGGUUUUAUUGCUUUCUCACAGUAAGAGCUGUUCAGCGGUGGAACGGAUUCCCUCUGAAGGCAGUGGACUCUCCAUUCGAGAGAUUGAGUGGUCACCCAUCAGGGAUGCUUUUGUUGAGAUUUCAGGGGGUUGGACUAGAUAUCCCUCGGUGUCCCUUCCAACUCUGCAAUUCUAGGAUUCUGCGUGAAAUGACUUUGGGCUGAGUGCCCCCUGCUCCCUCCUUUUCUGGACGGUGGGGCAUAGCGUCAUGUAUAGGGCACUGCAUGCAGGGGCCUGCAGAAGAAAGCUCUGUGUGGUGCUCAGCGCUCCCCUUCUCCUCUCUUUCUUCUCCCCUACUGGCAGAUCUGGGAGUCGGUCCCUUACCUGGCCUCCUACGUCAGUCCCAUCUUGAAGGAGAGCAAAACCAUCCCCAUGGCGCCACAGCAGCUGGAGGUCACCUGGAAUGGUUCGUGGAGCUUGGAGGGGAGGGGGGGAGGGGAGGGGCAUGAACUAAUAAAUCUCAGCUGGUUUAACUGCCCUGACGUCCCCUGUGAACCCAGGAAGGGGCAGGCCUGUGAAAGCCUGUUGCCCUCCAAAGGAAUUCCCUGUUCCCUUGCAAAACUACAGAUCCCACAACUCCUUGGGAGUGGGGGAGCCAUGCUAGAUCUAAAAAACAAGUUUCAACCUGUGGAACUCCCUGGGGCAGGAACCACUUGGAAGCUCUUCUUCCUUUGAAAUGAGGGAGCUUUGAGAGGAGAACCUCCUGUUGGUUUGGGAUCCCUGUCAAUUAGCAGGAUGGAGAGUGAUGCUCCUUGCAAUUUCCAUUAUUCCGACCAAAAUGGUCAGUCCGAGUUUGAUGGGGAGAGUGUGGAAUCGGGGAGCGUUUGUGCGAACUCUCACGCUGCGGCCAGGAGGAGGGAGGGAGCUGGAACUGCUGUGCUGCCCCCUCCUCUUUACCCCAACCAACGCCAGGCCGCCUCAGCAGGAUGUGUGUGCAUGGAUGUCUGCCCAAGCUAGAGGCUCCCUCUGCCCAUUUUAGGCAAUGCGGCAGCUCCUGUCUUGGCCAGCUUCCGUCCACACAAACAAGACACACACACACACAUUGCGAGACCUCUCUUCCCCAGCUACUGAUGCCUCCCAGAGGUGGUUUCAUCCCAUCCCUCUGUUUUCCUUGAGAAGCCUCGAGGCCUCCUAAUUCGUGUUCUUCCUUCGUGCAACUGGGGAGAUUUCUUGCAGGGCGUGCGGCUCACGUUGUCCACCGGUGAGAGAGGCCCACUGACCUAGAGGUGCCUCUCCAGCACCACAUUUGGCCACCGGUGAGAGAGGCCCACUGACCUAGCAGUGCCUCUCCAGCACCACAUUUGGGCAGGACUUGAGCAGGGAGAUUCUGACUCUCCCCACCAUGGGGCUGCUGAACGCUUUGCCUUGUCAGGGUGCAGAGGGCCAGCCCUGCCUGAGAAACAUGAGUGCCAUAAUAGUAAUAGUAGUAGUAGUAAUAAUAAUAAUAAUAAUAAUAAUAAUAUAUUUAUACCCCACCCUCUCCAGCCAGGGCCGGGCUCAGGGCGGCUAACACCAGUAAGAUUACAAUAAAAACAUAAUAGGGGAGGGAGGAAAACAAUUUAAAAUGCAGCCUCAUUUUAAUAAUAGCCCAUACAGUGGUACCUCAGGUUACAUACGCUUCAGGUUACAGACUCCGCUAACCCAGAAAUAUUACCUCAGGUUAAGAACUUUGCUUCAGGAUGAGAACAGAAAUCGUGCGGUGGCGGCGCAGUGGCAGCAGGAGGCCCCAUUAGCUAAAGUGGUGCUUCAGGUUAAGAACAGUUUCAGGUUAAGAACAGACCUCUGGAACAAAUUAAGUACAUAACCGGAGGUACCACUGUAAUAGUCCAUAGAUCAAAACCAUAAGGGGAGGGAAACAUAAGGGUCAGACUGAGUCCAAACCAAAGGCCAGGCGGAACAGCUCUGUCUUGCAGGCCCUGCGGAAAGAUGUCAAGUCCCACAGGGCCCUAGUCUCUUGUGACAGAGCGUUCCACCAAGUCAGGGCCAGUACUGAAAACUGAUUAGGAUGGGGAGGCAUGGGGGGGCUGUCUUGGGCCCUCCCCCACCCUGCUACCCCAUCAAUACUAGAAAAAAAACCUGUCUCUAGUCAACAUGCCCUGGGGAGGCCCUUGGGGAGCUCUAGGAAGAUGCAACAUGAUCUUAAGGUUAGGGGGGAGAGAUCCCCCCCGUGGGCUUCUGCUUGUUCCCAGCCUUCCCCAGAGCCUUGGAGUCCUUGGAAGGGAGUCCAGGGCUGCUCCGCGCCUGUUUCCCGUAAAAGGAAUUCUCUCCGGCGAAAUGUGAAACAACAAACAGAAGGGUAGGAAAUGCCAGAAAGCGGCUGAACCCCAGAGAGGAAUGCAAGAGUCAGGCUCUGAGGGUGGAGGGAACUGCAGCCUUGAAAGGGAGAUCGUGGGGUCUUGCUUGUGGGCUUCCCUUUGCAGCAGUGUUUCCCCAAACUUGGGCCUCCAGCUGUUUUUUUGGGACUACAGUUCCCAUCACCCCUGACCACUAGUCCUGCUAGCUAGGGAUGAUGGGAGUUGUAGUCCAACAAAACAGUCCAACAAACAAGUUUGGGAAACACUGCUUUGGGGCAACAGGGUGGCUAUCGUGAGACCAGGAUGCUGAGCUAGGUGGGCCCCCUUGGGCCUGAUCCAGCAUCCAGGCUCCUCUUUGGUAGCUUCCUGUGAGGAAGGUACUUUUUUGAUGGAGAAGCUUAGGAAGAGCCUUCCAUGAAGGUGGCCAAAAGUUGGAGGAGCUUUUAAGGCAGGAAGCUAGGAGGAGCAGAUCUGAGCCUGGUCAGCGCCUCUGCUUCUUGCUUCCCACCUGCUGCUCCCAGGGUGGCACCCUGGUCCCGAGCCCCACGUGCGCGAGUAAUGCCGCGAGUGGUUGGCGUGCGCACAGAUGGCACAAGUCGUGCUCACCGGAGGUCAAGCGAGAUGUUUGCUGCAACCGAUUAGGCCCAGCUGUGGUUUGUGGACCAUGGGCAUCGUCCCACUUGCAUCCAUGCCAGGAUGAUGCCCACCCACCUCCUCUGCCCAUGCACAGCCUUCCCAAAGCCUUGCAGGAGGAGGAGCACUUAGGGUUCAGGGCAAGCGGCCAUUGUUCAGUUGCUUCUCUCCCUUCUCAGUCACAGAAGCUGACCUGGAGCUCUCGGGGAUGAGGACCCUGGAGCACGUGGCUGUGACCGUCACCAUCACCCACCCCCGGCGUGGCAACCUGGACAUCCGCCUCCUCUGUCCCAGCGGCAUGAAGUCUUGGAUCGGGACACCGCGGAGCAUGGACUCGUGAGUAGGGCGGCCCCUGGAAGGAAGCAGGUGGGGGGAUCGCCAAGCGCAACACCAGCCCCUCAGAUAAACCUCUUUCCGUUUAAUAAUAAUAAAUAAUAAAAUUUUAUUUAUAUCCCGCCCUCCCCAGCCGAAGCCUGGUUUCAGAGCGGCUAAUGACAAUAAAAGUAACACAGUAUUCUAAAAUCAGUUCAUUUUAAAAUCAAUUCAAAAUCAAAUGAAUGGCAACCAUUGGGCUAGAGUUCUGUGAGGAUUACCAAAGGAAGGGGUCAGACUGUGCUUUGGCCAAAGGCCUGGUGGAACAGCUCUGUCUUGCAGGCCCUUGCAGGGAUUCCAAGCUCUGCGGACGCUGCACAGAUUCCAUGUCCUCCGUCUCUCCUGUAGGGAUCCCAGUGGCUUUGCGGACUGGACCUUCUCCACCGUGCGCUGCUGGGGUGAGGAGGCGCAGGGCACCUACCGCCUCUUGAUCCGGGAUGUUGGUGAGUCCUGCAGCUUCACUCCCUCUUUCCCCAGAGGGAGGACUCUUGCCCCCUCCUUUCACCCCAUGUGGUUCUUGCUGUGAAAUCUCCUCAGAGCCUUGCAUGGCUUCCUGCACAUGUGCCACUCACCUGCUCCUUGACAGCACUGUGACUGCCUAGAAUCGAGACCCUUGCCUUUUCCAGAGGGAUUCUGGAAUCAGGGCAGCUGUCUACCAGCUGCAUCUGGCACGCAGGCUGAGACUCUACUUGCCCGCAGACUGUCUCGCCAGAGUGGUGCAUGCUCUAGUUAUCUCCCGCUUGGACUACUGCAAUGCGCUCUACAUGGGGCUACCUUUGAAGGUGACCCGGAAACUACAACUACAGUGGUGCCUCGCAAGACGAAAAGAAUCCGUUCCACGAGUCUCUUCGUCUUGCAGGUUUUUUCGUCUUGCGAAGCAAGCCCAUUAGCGGUUUAGCGGAUUAGUGCUACAGUAUUAGCGGCUUAGCGGGCUUAGUGGAUCAGCUGAUAAGCGGCUUAACGAUAAGCUGAUAAGCGGCUUAACGAUAAGCUGAUAAGCGGCUUAGCCAUCAGCUGAUAAGCGGUUUAGCGGCUUGGGAAAAAGGGGGGGGAAAGGAAAAAAACCCCGCAGGAACUCGCAAGACAUUUUCGUCUUGCGAAGCAAGCACAUAGGAAAUUCGUUUUGCGAAGCACCUCCAAAACGGAAAACCCUUUCGUCUAGCGGGUUUUCCGUCUUGCGAGGCAUUCGUCUUGCGGGGCACCACUGUAAUCCAGAAUGGGGCAGCAGCUAGACUGGUGACUGGGAGCGGCCGCUGAGACCAUAUAACACCAGUCCUGAAAGACCUACAUUGGCUCCUAGUACAUUUCUGAGCACAAUUCAAAGUGUUGAUGCUAACUGUUAAAGCCCUAAACGGCCUUGGCCCAGUAUACCUGAAGGAGUGCCUCCACCCCUAUCAUUCUGCCCGGACGCUGAUGUCCAGCGCCAAGGGCCUCCUGGCGGUUCCCUCACUGCGAGAAGCAAAGCUACAGGGAACCAGGCAGAGGGCCUUCUCGGUAGUGGCUCCUGCCCUGUGGAACACCCACCCAUCGGAUGUCAAAGAGCGAAACAACUCCUGACAUUUAGAAGACAUCUGAAGGCAACCCUGUUUAGGGAAGUUUGUAAUGUGUGACAUUUUAAUGUAUUUUUAAUCUUUGUUGGAAGCCGCCCAGAGUGGCUGGGGAGACCCAGCCAGAUGGGCAGGGUAUAACUUAAUAAAUUAUUAUUGUUGUUGUUCUUCUUCUUCUUCUUCUUAUUAUUAUUAUUCUGGGAGGUGGCAAGCUCCCCUCUUGCCCCUUGUCUGUGUGAUCCCACAAGCCUCUCCCUCACUAGUCUCUCCUGCCAAUGCCUCUCCUUUGCAGGGGACGAGACCCUGGGGGCUGGUGUGCUGAAGCGCUGGCAGCUGACUCUGUACGGAUCCUCGUGGGCCCUUGCCGAGAUCAAGGAGCGACAGAGGUAAGGAUGGUGAGAUUUGGGGCAGAGGCACGAGCGUCAGAGAGGCUGGGAGGUGGCCAGGCCUGACAAUUCGACUCCAUUUCUCUGUCUCAGUUAAGGCUGGGUGAUACCUGGUUUUCAACGUUGCAAUAUAAAUCACCAGCAAAACAUCACAAUAUCACAAUAUUGUCACGAUGUCUGAAAUAAGGAUGGAGCUAUGUAGAGGCAUUGGCUGGCUUCACGGUUUCCCCCACAUUGUGAUUUUUGCAUAGUCACAAACAUCAUGAUUCAUAGUAUAUUGCCAGGUUACAAAUUACGAAACGACUAUCGUGAUACGGACUUCAAACCGGUUUUGGGUGAUACAUCAAUAUAUCGCCCAACCCUAGUGUCAGUCAGGAGCAAGAGGAUGCCCAGUUAAAAUGCUCUUGUAGCUCCCCAGCCCCCACUGGAAAGGAUUCCCCCUGAUCAAUUUCAUGUGUUCAGUGACUCCACUAAAAAACAAACUCAAGGGGGCUUACAAAGCAGAUAAAUACUUCUGUUCUGGGCCUGGCCUGGUCACCCUAAUUGGGAGGGGGAAGUAAUUUUUCUUAGGUCAGACUAGCAAUGACCCAAAGGGUGUUUUUUGGCUUUCACAUUUAUUUUUGUUUUCCCUUGUGAUAUGUGGCUUGGCUAGCUAGCAUGAGCCACCUUGGAUGAUUUUGUCUGGUGGCUUUUGCACUACCUCCAUGUUCGGAGGCCAAUUGCUGGGAAUCACAAGUGUGGACGGGAGCACUGCCAUUUCACUCAGAUCGUGCUUAAGGACUUCUGGUUGGGCCCUGUCAGAACAUGAUCCUGGAAAAAAUGGCGGGGGGCGGGGGAAGGCUUUGGCCAGAGAGAGUAGACCACAGGAACCUGCCUUAAAAAUCUGGCUGAAGGGAAGAAAGGAAAAAUUGCCCCCCUGCCUGUUGGGUGUAAUUCAGAAAAGGCUGUUUCUCCUGCAGGCUGGUUGAAGAGGCCAUGAGUGGGCGAUACCUGGACAGCGAUUUUUCCUUGCCCUGCCCACCAGGCCUGCAGAUCCCUGAGCAGGAGCCUUACACCAUCACCACCAACACCCUCAAGGUAAUGGACACCUGCCUGUCACAGGAUCCUCAACAGGCAGUGGAGGGAGAAAGAAUAAUAGAAUUGUUGAAUUGGAAGCAGUCACGAGGGUCACCCAGUCCAAACCCCCUGCAAUGCAGGAUUUUUUCACCCAAUGUGGAGAAUCAAACCCACAACCCUAGGAUUAAGAGUCUCAAGCCCUACCUACUGAGCUAGUGAGGGGCAGGGGCUUGGGCGGUGGCGUGACGAUAAGUCAGCGCAACAGGGCACUGUGAGUUUGGUCAGUGGAAUAAUGGGGUCCCUUUUUGAUUGGUUUAGAGCAGACAAGCCCUGGAACAUGUGUGUUCAGUGAGGUUUAUUGCAGCCUUGUGGGUCAUCGGAGGCUGUGGGUAAUCUUGGCUAAUUGGUGGGGAGGGGUGGCUAGACUAGGGUGGUGGAAGUGGCAAAUUUUGACAUGCAGGGCCUCAUCAUGUCAGCUCCCCCUAGCCAUGGACCUCAGCUUAGUUAGGCUCCGCCGACAGCCUCAGAAUAAUUGCAGGCUGGCAAAGGGUGGUCUGCCAGAGGUUGGCGUGUUGGACUUCAGCUGGCAAGACCACAUUCACCCACUGCCUCCCUGGCCAGCCGCGAAGUUCACUGGGUGAUACUGGGCCAGCCAUAGACCGAGUCUCCAAAGCUACUGAAUGCCAGGAUUGUGGCCCAAGCCAAGCCAGACGUGACUUCCACUCCCUUCCUGGCAAAGCUUAUUCUGCUGGUAGAUUCUGUGCCACUUGGGUGAAAAAUCACCCAAGCACACACCCCCCCGCAAUGUUUUCCACAGCUCACAAGACCAUAGGAACUUUGAACUCUUGUUUGAGCCAGGAUGCGCUCCCCUCCCUGGUUUCCCUCUUUCCUGCUCUGUUGUUUUUUGCAAAGGUUUUUUUACCUCCAUGCCAGUUCUGACCUCCCCUCUCUCUCCUCUCCCCUUCUCACCUCCCAGACCCUGAUGCUGCUGGGCUGCUUUGCUGUCUUCUGGACCUUCUAUUACAUGCUGGAGGUGUUCCUGAUGCGCCACAGCGUGACCUUUGACCUGGCCGCCUGCGGCAACGCCAUGGCCUGCCCUUGGUCCUCGGAAGGCAGGACAGCCAAGAGCCUGGAGGAUGGGCUAGAGAUGGAGGAGACCGUCCCCCUGUAUGGAGGGAAGGAGCUGGAGCCCGAGCAGCAGCCAUCCUGCCUGGGGGUGGAGGAGGAGGCAAGAGUGGCAGGCGGAGCUGCGGGCACCCCGAGACCAUCGGCAGGGAGAGGCUUGCUGAACCUCCCAGAGCAAGAGCAGGCUACCUCACCCGGGGUUUACUGACUGCUGGCAGAGAGCCCUGGACACGCAAAAUGAACCAGCGCUUGCCCUGGGUUUGGCACACAGGGAGGAAGUCCGACCGACGGAAGCAUCUCUUUGCGGGUAGCCCAGCUUGCCCCUAACCCUGGCCCCUUCUUGCAUUUGGGGGCCACCGCCUGUGCCGUGGGAUUGCCAGGGUGCCUGUGGCUGGCACAGAGGCUGAGCCUUGCCCGGGGGUGGGCAGCCUUAUUCAGUGUCUGUGGUGGGGCUGAGAUCUGGGGGUGUGCCAAGGGGGUGGGGUGCAGAGGAAGCCUGCCCCUGCAGUGCCCCACAAACUUUGCGGACAGGAGCCUGUGGGCUCUCACCAACUCGCUGCCUUAUCCUGCUGCCACGUGGCGCAGCAGACCCUGGGCUGGCCGGUGCCCCCUGCCUGCCAGCCUUCUCACACUGUCCCAGUGCCCCCCCUGCAUCGCCUGCCUUGCUGCUGACGAAUGGCAAAGAGGAGCAGCUUUCGGGGGCCUUCCUCCACCACUGGAACCCAAAAGGGUAUCAUUCAAUGCACUUCCUUUCUGUACGUAUAUCCUGACACAGCCGGGAUCAGGAGCAGAGCAUGGGCAGCUUUCCAUGGAGUUGAGGGCUGGGUGGAGGCCCUUGCUUGGGACCACGUCACGAACGAAACAGUCUUCGGUGGCAGCUGCAUGAGCCGUUCUCCUGCUGGGGCGGCGGCUUCUGCUUCUGCUAUGACCCCCAUCCCAUUGGGAAGAAAUGACAUGUAUGUCUUCUGUAGGCAGAAGAAGUGAGGCCUUUGUGCCACUCCCAAAGUCAUUCAGCUUUGCAGGGAUGGGUGGGUAAUUAUUAUUAUUUUCUAAAUCAGUUGGGCGUGUUUUUUUUAAUUAACAGCAAAAAGCUUUUCUUUGCAGCUUUCCAAUAAACCCAUUAAAAUAUGCCUUC